AUGCGGGACACUGGCGGCAAGACAGGCGGAAAGCCAGGCGGAGCUGCUGGCGGUGGCGGCGGCGGCAAGGCGCGCAAGAAGCGCGAGAAGGGCGGGACGCGCAAGUUUGUGACGUCGCUCGAGGAGAUGACGCUGCGGGACGAGCAGGAGGACCUCAAGCAGAGCGCGCGCAAGGCGCGUCGGGACGACGGCGAGGACGGCAGCGACAAGGACUCGGACGACGCGAGCGGAUCGGAAGACGAGGGCGACGACAACGACGUGGAGCUCGUGGCGUUUGAGCGCGUGCCGAGCAACUCGCUCUUUGGCUUUGCGACCAAAGCCGACGGGCCCGUGUUGCCGCACCAGCAGGAGAAGAAGGUGGGCGGCUUUGCCGCAAUUGCCAAGCGGCAGAACCCGAACGCCAAGAAACCGAGCAGCAAAGUCAUGAAGGCCAAAGACAUGGACGCAAGUGCGGCCCCGCAGCAGUUGAGUCGACGAGAACGAGAAGCGAUCGAGAAGGAGCGCGCUGAAGCUUAUUACUUGAAAAAGCACUUGGCAGGCGAGACGGACGAAGCCAAGAAAGACCUGGCGCGCUUGGCCGAGGUCAAGCGGCGUCGCGAAGAGGCGGAGCAGCGCAAGCAGGACGAGGAAGCUGCUGCUGCCGAACGGGCGAAGUCCGGCAAGACGGUGCAAGUCAAGGACGACGAUGAGCCCCUGGACGCGCGUGCGAUCAAGGCGCUCAAGCCAGCGGCGCUCAAGGAGAAACUCAAGGAGCGCGAUCUAUCCACGCAGGGACAGAAGAAAGAGCUCGUGCAGCGUCUCAUUGACUACGAGAAUGAGCGCGCUAUCUAA